AUGUCUUCUGCUGAGAACAAAGUCUACCGCCUGCGGGGUAUUCCUGAGCACCUGGAUCGACUUGGAGUAGCCCUUCUUCUCAGCAGGUUCAUUACCAACGGCGAUCAAGGAGACGUCGGCGUGGCUUCGCUGGCUCUCAGCUGUGAAAGAUGGGUCAUUACACGCACCAAGACGGCGACUCUGUCCUUUAAGAAGCUUCCAGACAUUGUCAGCAGGGAUCCAGACGCAGGUGAAUGGCCACUACGGGAUCCUACUUGGCUUGCACCGCUUCUCCUUGAUGAUACCUUCAUCGGGCUAUCGCCUCUCAACGAUGUCGCAGAACACGAACAUCACUAUGACUGCAUCGUGAUGUCGGGCCUUGCGAGUCACCCCAUGGGCUCAUGGCAGCCACAUGGCAAGAACAAGUCGUUUAUGUGGAUUCGGGACGCCCUUCCGCAUCUUGUUCCGAAAGUCAAGUUCAUCUUGUAUGGAUACGACACCAAGUUGGCUGGAAGUAAGUCGUUUCAAACAGUGCCAGAUAUUGCACUGAGCCUUAUUCACACCCUUCAACAAGGAGGAUGGGCUGGAACCGACCCUAGAAAGCUUCUCUUUUUCGCUCAUAGCCUUGGAGGCAUAGUUUUGAAGGAAGCGUUGCGCAUGUUGGCCGACAGCAGUGUGAGGGAUGAGUUGAUCCUUAAUCGCACUCGAGGGGCCAUCUUUUUUGGAGUUCCAAGUCAAGGAUUGGACGUCUCGGAUCUACAGGUCAUGCUACAAGGUCAGCCAAACAAAGAUGCUCUCGUUAAAGAAAUUUCGGACGAAUCACCCUUUGUCAGGGUACUAGAAGAGCAGUUCUCGGGCAUCUCUCAUCUUCAAAAGAUGAAACUGCUCUGGGCGUACGAGACGGAGACAACGCCAACAGUAAUAACAGUCGAUGGAAAGUACAAGAGAGCUGGACCUGGGACUAUUUUCGUCUCUCCUAGCUCUGCAACAAGCCAACGCUGCAACUUCGAACCGGGCUCGACCAUACAAAUCAACGCCAACCACUCAGACAUGGUCAAGUUCUCUCCAGGAAGCGAGCUUAUUGAUCGUAUUGCUUAUAAGCUUCAAGAAAUGCUCGAGGAUGUUAUCACGGGGGCUGAUGAGGAAACAAGCCGGCCAUCCAUUGGAAAGAUGACAGCCUUCCAUAUUGAUAGCCCAUCAGCCCAGACCUUUGUCAAUCAUGUCGACCCUUCUGUGGACCCGGAUUUCUGGGACUUUCGUUCCAUCAUACAGGCAAUUGACGCCCCAGAACGUGACACCCGACUGGAGCAGGUUGAUGUAGCGGCUGGCCAUUCUUUCUCCUGGGCUUUUGAGAGAUCAUCCGUCGGCUUGACUAGCUGGUUGCAAAAUGGUGAGAAGCUGUUUUGGAUAUCCGGCAAGCCAGCGUCUGGCAAAUCAACAUUCAUGAAAUACCUUCACAACAACCCGCUCACGGCGGAUUAUCUACGCACAUGGCGUCGCAGUGCGAAUUUUGUCCGCGCAACAUUCUUCUUCCACCAUCGCGGCACCGCGAUCCAAAAGUCUCUCGAAGGUCUUCAUCGCGGAAUCUUGAGUCAAGUCCUCGAACAAGCCCCGCAGUCAUUCCUGGCUAUCCAACCGCACCUUGUGCAGACAUACCAGGCUGCUGUUGGUGCAAACAAUCUUGGAAGCCUUUCUCAUGAUCUGGAAGCUUUGAUCGUAUUCUGCAAAGUUACUCCAAAUACCGAGAUCUUGGGGCAACUUGACAAAGUUUUAUGCUGUGAGAUACCUCUCAAGGCCUUUCGUACGAUGGUUAUCGAACCAAUGCUAUCCACCGGUGCCAUGUACAGCGAUGAAGACCUUCUAUAUCACGUCUACCCCCUUCGAGAUGAUUUGUUAGAGGAACAAAGUAGGUACAAGAACAGCCGGCGCAGACGAUUCCAAAUUGUGAAGGAUACUCUCUCCAAGGUUAAGAAGCCAUGGGCCGAAAGCCCAGAAUUCAUCUCUCUAGUCGAAAAUUGGCUUGAGGCCAUCGACAUAAACACGCAGCUGUCGAACUUUAGAGAUGAUUUGGUGGCUCGAAGAUCCAAUAAUUGGGAUGUGGUUAACAAGAGAAAGCUUGAUGAUAUGAUAAAGGAGAUUCUGAACAGAUUCACGGUUCGAAAAACACAACGGAAUCGUAUUGGAACAGCCGACUGGAGUCUAGAACAUCUCAACCGUGCAAUCAGUCUCAUCACUGAUCAGCAGCUGGUUGACUUGGAUCUUUGCAUUUUUAUCGAUGCUCUGGACGAACAUGACGGCCCACCAGAAUUCAUCUCUCAAUGGAUCAAGGAUAUAACUUCAAAUGAAAGUAGCCGCACUAGACUGAAGAUCCUUUUCUCUAGUCGACCCUGGCAGCUAUUUAUUGACGCUUUCGGACGCAGCCCCAGCAUUCAGAUUCACGAAUUCACUGAAAAUGACAUCCGGGAGCUUUGUUUACAUACCAUACGCCCCGAAAAUCCAGGUUCAGCAGAGAUGUUACAAUUGGUCGAGGAGAUUGUCAACCAGGCGAGAGGUGUCUUCCUAUGGGUUAAACUGGUGCUGAACGAUCUCUUGGACAACGCUGCUGGAUUGACUAGUUCCGGCGUUGGUAGUGUGCAUCUUCAUUUUGCGCUCAUGGAUAUCCUCAAGUCGCUGCCCACAGAUUUGGAGCAGUACUACAAGACCAUCAUUGAAAGAAUACCACGAUCAUAUCGCUGGGAGGCAUUUUGCUUACUCGAGGCUGUCAGCAAGUCGGCAAGACCAAUCUAUCUCAAGGAGAUGUCGAUUAUCCUUUUAUGUGCCAAUGUUCAAAACGUCAAUGAUAUUUACCCGCAGAUGUUGGAAAUCGACAAGAGCGACGCACGACUCCACAGUUAUGAACAUCUUAGGACAUAUACAGGUGGCCUGAUUGAAACUGUUGGGAUCCAAGAGCGUCGUAGGGCACAUUCGGGCGGCCUGGGUGGUGUUGAGAAUGAUCAACUUCAGCUGUUGCAUCAAACUCUGGUCGAGUUUGUCCAGCUUCCCGAAUUCAAGCGCGUUGUACUUGGGGAACGAUACCGAAUCGUAAAGGAAAACGGCUAUACAAUACUUUCAAGAUACGAAGCUGUACGGAACGCAUCCUACUCCAACGGCCGCAUCUCGAUACCGGUGGGCGAGAUAUUCUCAAACUACGCACGGGAAGCAGAGUCGACAACAGGAAACAGCGCGUAUUUCUCCUUUACGGGCGCCAAAUGGACUGUGUGGCAGAAGAACAAGGCUUUUCCAGAUCAUAGUACGGCUGUGCCCUACACUACACUGGAAGUGGCGCUGGCCUGCGAGCUCAAGUUACAUCUGCAAGACGCCCUCAAGCACGAGAAGGAGACGGAAGCAGUGCUCAUCUUUCACAUUCUCUUGCACAUGAUUGAGCGGGAAAUAUUCGAUACAGACAGCGCUGUAGAUUUUCUUCAAGCCAUAGUGGCUCAAGGGCUGCAGCUCCAUGCAAGUUACAUUGGGUUGCUCAUCCUGAUGGAUCAGAUACAUCACAUGGAUCCAUGGACCACCAAGACCGCCAUAUCCAUGGAAUUCUUCCAGAGGGUGAUGGCCGCUUUCUUCGAGCCAGGGGCCAAUGUCGAGCUCAAGGCGGACUUUGCCGGCUUGGGUAUUACCAGCAGUCACUUUGUUGAACUGAUGUUUUCUCACGGACAAGGGGGGGUUAUCCAGGCGCUUCACAUACCUACUGACGAUCGACUUACCGACUAUCUCUUGGACAAAGGCGCCGACCCCAAUACGCUGACUUCGAGGGAUCUGACGCCGCUCGACUGCUGGGUGAAGAGCAACCAAAGGUACAACACCUGCCACGGCCGUUCCGUAGGCUCCCCAGCCUUGAUCCGGCGUGGAGGGCGUCUCAACAUUUGCACGAGAGAGGAGUGGGAAAGGGCAUUAGCUGUCGCAGGCUUACUGCACAAUCUCGCAUCGCAGUUUUCCGGCUGGCUUGAGGGGGCACCAGGCGCUGUCACCACCAGAUGGUGGGAUAUUGGCUCGAGACAUUCAAAAUUCAGGAAGUGGCUGCGACGAGACUCUUUCGUGUCAUGGAAGAGGAAAUGA